AUGGAGACAGGGAAGCAAACGGCGACGUUUGAAGAGAUGUCGGUGGAGAAAAGUAAGAGCUUCGUCACGGCACUGCAGGAAUUGAAGAACCUCAUACCUCAACUGUAUUCAGCUGCAGAGUACUGUGAGAAAUCAUAUCUGAACAAUGAGCAGAAGCAAACGUUCAUGGACAAUAUGAAGGAUUAUGCCGUACGUGCGCUGGUCAACGCAAUUGACCACCUUGGUACGGUUUCUUACAAGUUGAGUGAUGUUAUCGAGCAGCAAACAUUGGAGAUCUCAUCCAUUGAUCUAAAAGUCACCUGUCUAAAUCAGCAACAGCACGAGGAGCCCCAGGAAUCGUCUGUUCCCCACGAGGUUCGCGUGAAUGUGUGGGUUUUUGCGUGCGUGACCGAGAUUUGUUGUUCUAUGGAGGCGGGGAAGCAAACGGCGUCGUUUGAAGAGAUGUCGGUGGAGAAAAGUAAGAGCUUCGUCACGGCACUACAGGAACUGAAGAACCUCAGGCCUCAACUGUAUUCAGCUGCAGAGUACUGUGAGAAAUCAUAUCUGAACAGUGAGCAGAAGCAAACGUUCAUGGACAAUUUGAAGGAUUAUGCUGUACGUGCGCUGGUCAAUGCAAUUGACCACCUUGGUACGGUUUCUUACAAGUUGAGUGAUGUUAUCGAGCAGCAAACAUUGGAGAUCUCAUCCAUUGAUCUGAAAGUCACCUGUCUAAAUCAGAAACUUCUGACCUGUCAAACGUAUACGGAGAAAGAAGGUCUCAGGCAGCAGCAAUUAUUAGCAAUCAUCCCGAAACAUCACAAACAUUAUACUUUGCCUAAUUCUUUCAACAAGAAGGUGCAUUUCAAUCCACAUAUACAGACGGGUCCUAGGAAAACCGCUCAAGUGAGAGACUUUAUGCUCACAUCUGAUUUCUUUUCUGUCGGUUUAGGUGCUUCUGCUGCAAAAACUCUUUCUUGGCAUAUGGCUUCAGAAAGCAAGUCGACAUUGAAAGGAUCAUCAAGAGGUAUUAUGAGGUUAGUCCUUGAAGUUGUAGACGCUCGAGAGAACAAAAAGUUUAAAUCUGCCCCUGCAACAAGAGUCGCCAUGCAGACCCUCGGUGUUACACAACGAGAUCCUGUGGAGGGCUCGAAACCUGUUGUUCCUUAUAAAUCAUUUUGCAAUACAACCGAAAAGGACGUUGUUCGGCCACCCGUGCGUAGCAAGAGCAUGAUUUCUGCUUUUUUCGUCAAGCAAAAGGGAACUGGUGUGAGAACAAAUGCAUGA